UGAGUGUUAGGUGAGCGGUGCAAUGGUUAAAGUGCGAGCCAAAGUCACCGCCCCGGCGGCAGACACUGGAACUAUUAACACGCGCUUCUUCGCUGAACGAGCCAAUCGGCGAGCAGAAUUGUACAUGUUGCGUGUUUUGAACGACGGAGACAAACGGACAACUGAACAUGAACAGAGUUAACUGAGCACUAGCCGUGACGACCUGUAGUUUCAAGUUUGGAUUCUUUUUCUAUUAUUUUUUACUUCGAACUGUGACAGUCGCAAAAGCGUUAACGAUGAGGAGAAGUGAAGUACUCGCAGCUGAGUCUGUGUCAUGCCUCAACAAAGCUCUUUGCCACCUAAAGGACAUUUGGGAGGAGAUCGGAAUACCAGAGGAUCAGAGACUACAAAGAACUAAUGUUGUGAAGAACCACAUAAAGGGCUUACUAGAUAUGAUGAUCAAAGAAGAGGAAUCCCUGAGGAAUAGAGUUAUGAGCAGUAUUCAGGACAGCAAAAAUAAGCUGGAGAAGCUCUGUCUUGACCUUCAGAUUCCUAUUCAUCAGGACGAGGUAGGUCUUACCAUGCUCCAGCAAGAGAAUAGCCUCCGCACACAAGUUGAGGGUCUCUUAACUGAGAAGACAAGUCGCAUGCAGCAGCUGAAGGCUCUGCGGGAGCAGGACCAGGAGCUGUGUGACAUCCUAUGCUCCAUUCCAUUCUGCAUCUCCCCAGAUUCUGUUCCCUCAAAAGACCAACUGAAUAGCUUUGAGCAACAUAUAGCUAACCAGAAUGCUGAGAAGGCAAACCGCUAUGCUGAAUUCAUGGGCCUGAAAAAGCAGAUCAUCUUGUGCAUGAACGACCUGGAUCACUUUCCAGAGACCAGCUUUGAGAAGGACGUUGUCUGUGAGCAAGAAGACCUUUUCUGCCUCUCUUCAGAGAAUAUUACUUCACUCAAACUGCUUCUUUGUAAGCUAGAGCAAGACAAGGCAGAGAACGAGGCAGCGUGUGAGGCCCUUCGAGAGAAGAUCCAGCAGCUGUGGGACAGACUGCAGGUUCCGCAGGAAGAAAGAGAGGUCUUCAAUGAACACAUGGUCAUGUCGAAGAAGAGUAACCUUAAGGCGUUGCAAGCAGGGAUCGAUCAUCUGGAGGAACUAAAACUGAAGAAUAUGUGCCAUGUCACAGAUGCCAUCCGCUCUGAGAUUGCUGUGUUUUGGGAAAAGUGCUUCUUCAGCACUGAGCAGCGGCAGGCGUUUUCCCCAUAUUUUAGUCAGGAUUUCACAGAGGAGCUACUAAGUUUGCAUGAUGCAGAGAUUCAGCGUUUGAAGCAGCAUUAUGAGAAUCACAAAGAGCUUUUUGAUGGGGUUCAACAGUGGGAACAAAACUGGAGACUCUUCCUUGAGUUAGACAAAAAAGCAACAGAUCCAUCAAGGUUUGCAAAUAGAGGAGGAAAUCUUCUCAAAGAGGAGAAGCAACGGGCUGAACUGCACAAAAACCUGCCAAAGCUGGAAAAGAAACUAAAAGGUCAGAUUGAUGCAUGGGAAAGUGAGCAAGGAAGUGAGUUUAUGGUUAAUGGCCAGAAGUUUCUUCAGUAUGUGGCAGAACAGUGGCAAGCGUAUCAAUCCGAGAAAGACCGAGAAAAACUACAAAGGCAUCUGAAGAAGAGCAAGCAGACUGAAGAGGACAUGCUAUACGGAACAGCACAAACUCCCAAGCGCAGAUUGCUGGGAAGCAAUACCCCAAAUAAAUCAAAAUGGAUGAAUGCCUCCUCAAGUGUUUCUAUGGCCACAUCUAACAGCACAAUCCGGUCUGCCUACAGUGGGAUUAUCUGUCGUUCUCCGGUGCCACGCUCACCAAUGCGACGGCCACCUCUUUCUGCAAAGAAGGGUUCAGCACAAAAGAUUGGUGGAGGUAAGCCGCCUCAUCCAAAAGUGAACACCUGUAACAAAGAGAAUGAGACCCGGUUGAAAGGAACCCCUCUGAGUGGUGCGUUGCUGACACCCGCUAGUCCGCAGUGUAACAUCAGCCUUAACUCUGUCGCCAGCACAUAUUCAGAGUUUGUGCGAGAUUUGUCCAUGGGCUCCAAACCCAAGAUCCACCCGCACAUCCUGAACUCCACCAUCACUAAACAUUGACCUGUCACCUUUGAACAUGACUGCCUCUCCUUCAUAUAUAUUUAUAUUAUUUUACUUUAUAAAAUCCGCAAGUGUUCAGGUUAUUAGCUCAACUUUGAAAUUGUUGUAAUAUGUCUUUAUGCACGUCUCACCAAUAGAUGGCACCGUAUCUUACCACACUAACUGCAAUUAAAGUUAAAUGAAGGUAAAGUCUGUAGUGAAUGAGGAGCCUUUCUGCUUCCUGCAGUGUUACUCAAAUGUUUUGAUCUAGUCUGUCACUGUCCACAGGCAAAACAUAAGAAUUGAAGUUAUCCUUUCAUUCACUUGGCUUUUAAAUGUUGUUGUUAUGAUUUCUAUUUUUCACGAGCAAAAGUUAACUUUCUGAGGUAAUGCAAUCUAAGGGUUCCAGUUCGAAUGUAAUAUUUGCACUUUUUGUAAAAUAUAUUACAGUUCUUUGUGUAGUUUUACACACUGUAUUUUUCUCACCAGCUAUCUGAAAUGUUUGUGAACAGAUAUUUGAGUUUCCCCAAUUAAAAUGUUUAUUUGGGGGAAGAAGUUUAUUUGUUUUUCUUGGAACUGCCCUUUUUGAUAAUUGAAUUGGCCACUGUUAUGUUAAUAUGUCCAAAUUGUUACUUUACUGUGUACAAUAAAGGAAA